AUUUCUGCUCAACUUCCAUUACAAUGCCGGAGGGUGCUACUGUUACAGUCUGAUCGGUCAUACAUUAUCGAGGUCGCGCACCGCCGUGGAGGACUGCCCGUCCGGCGCUCUCCGCCAACACACAUACAUACAUAUAUAGCGAUCGACUCAUAUUGAAAGGUCGAUCAUCGGAGAUCGAAAUGUCGCCCGUCGGAUUGCCUCCGGGAUUCCGGUUCCAUCCGACGGAUGAAGAGCUGGUCAACUAUUACCUUAAGAGGAAGAUUCAUGGCCUCCAGAUUGAGCUUGACAUUAUUCCUGAAGUUGAUCUCUACAAGUGUGAGCCUUGGGAAUUAGCAGAGAAAUCGUUUUUGCCGAGUAGAGAUCCGGAGUGGUACUUCUUCGGGCCAAGGGACAGGAAAUACCCGAACGGUUUCAGAACGAACAGAGCCACCCGAGCCGGUUAUUGGAAAUCGACGGGAAAAGACCGGCGAGUGAUGUCACAAAACCGGCCAAUCGGAAUGAAGAAAACAUUAGUUUAUUACCGUGGAAGAGCUCCUCAGGGCAUUAGAACCGAUUGGGUAAUGCACGAGUAUCGGCUUGAUGAUAAAGACUUCGAAGAGACCUCCGCUGGCAUUCAGGUGGACUCAUAUGCAUUAUGCCGCGUGUUCAAGAAGAAUGGAAUAUGCAGUGAAAUAGAAGACCAAACACAGCCUUCGGUUCGCCGCUUACAAUUACAGGACUACUCAUCAACGCAAGUAGUGGUCCCCAAUGAGUACGAAACCCCAUCUCCAGAUGUACCAUUCACAUCAUCUUCUUGCGUAGAAGAAGAUGACAACAGAGAAGAUAAGGAUGAUUCUUGGAUGCAGUUCAUCACCGAGGAUGCUUGGUCUUCCUUCACUUCCCCCUAUGCUCCAGAGUUGGAAGUCUCUCCAACAACAUUCACCAAUUGAUUUUUAUUAACUACCUCAUUAAUUAAAAUAUUUACACUACAAACAAAAUACGGGAUUGACACGGAUUUGACACGAAUAGACUCAUAAUUUCGUACUUAACCGCGUGUGCAAAAAUCUCUAUCAAUCCCGUUUUUUUAUUUUGUAGUGCACCAAUGACAAAUGUUUUUUAUCAUAUACGUAUACAAAUAUCAAUUUUACUUGUUUUGUGUUUGUAACGUCUAUCGUUUUUUAUUCAAUUCGAUACACACUGAUGAUAAAUAUUUUCUAAUUAGGUGUAUCGUUUGUUAAUUAUAUUGGUUUGUGGCUGUUCGAAUUGUAUACAGCCGAUUUAUUUGAAGAGCUUUAUUACAGGUUAGGCUCCAACUGGCCGGCCUCUUCCUUGACGUUUAAUUCUGUCUAUUAUGUCUUCGUGUAACUCUUGAUAAAUGAAUUAAAUGAUGUUUUUUCCGUUGUU